AAGAGUUUAUAUUAUUAGCUAAAAAUAGAUAACUUUUCUCCAGAUACCCAUCCCAUAAACUACCGGUGCCAUUUAAUAAUCACAUAUUACUGUAGUAUAUAGUGGCCUCAAUUAAACCAUUGACCCGCGCGCGGUGCGCCCAAUUAGCCACCGAGGAUCUAACCUAACCCCGGGUUUCAUCAGUCACCUAACCUAAACCCGAUAGCAUCGGCAGCUUUUAGGCUACGGGCGCAAUGGCCUCGCCGUCCAGCGAUGACGAGUCCGAUCAUCCGACCAGUGGUCAACAAUUUGGUGCCGCACUGGUGGCCGGCCUAUCCCAGGACAACAUAUUCUACUUGGCCUACGUCUGCAUACAAGUACUGGGCAUUUGUAUGAUAACAUUGUGUUCAGUUUGGACACACCAUCACUUGUCCGGCUAUUCGUUAGCCACACCCGAACAGGUAUUCAACUAUCAUCCCUUACUGAUGACCAUCGGUAUGAUUGUGCUGAACGGGAACGGUAUCCUAAUCUAUCGGAUCAGCCGUUGGUUGCGUUUUCAGCGCCAAAAAUUGAUACACUUUUCCAUCCAAUUGUCUGCACUAACCGUUUCGGCGGUCGGACUCUACGCUGUCUUUCACUAUCAUAAUGUCCGGCAAAUACCUAACAUGUAUUCAUUGCAUUCAUGGCUCGGCAUUACAGCUAUCGCUGGUUUUACGGUCAGUUUGUUGACCGCUUUUCUAGCCUUUCUAUAUCCCGGUUUUCAUCCGGUUUAUCGGCGACUAAUAUUGCCGUUUCAUAUAUUCAACGGUACGGCCAAUAUUGUACUGUCGGCUUCGGUAGCCAUUACUGGUCUAACCGAGAAAGCGCUGUUCAGUUUACAGACUCCCGGUGCCAAAUAUAGCGAUCUACCGGCGCCAGCUAUGCUCAUCAACUUUAUGGCCAUUAGCAUAGCCGUGUUUACCGUACUGGUCGUAUGGUUGGUCACAAAACCCGAGUUUAGGCGCCGUUAUAUACCGUCGGUCAAUGCGCCGCAGUAUAAGCUAAGACGGGAGCAGACCAUCGAGUGAUUGAUUGAUUGAUUGAUUGAUUGAUUGAUUUAUUGGUCACCAAAAAUAAAAUAU